CUGUUUUCUCGUUUUCUUGCCCGUUGCUCUCUUCAGAUUAAGGGAGAGACAGUGGAGCAGCUGGAGAAGUUGAAGUACCUCGGAGUCAUAUUUACUAGUGAUGGAAAAUUUGAGGAGGACAUCGACUGGCGAAUUGGAGUAGCCAGUGGCGUUCUGCUUGAACUAGUCCGAUCCACUGUGAAUAAAGUAGAGCAGAGUCUGAAAACUAAGCACUCGGUAUUCAAUUCGAUAUUUACCCCCAUGCUGGUAUGCGGUCAUCAGUCGUGGACCGGGACUGAGAAUACUCAAACCUGGAUAGACGCUGCUGAAAUGGGCUUUCUGAGACGAGGCGCUCGCCUUGCGUGUCUCGAUUUGGUGUACCCAGCUUAG